AUGGAGAUAACUAAGCUUAUAAAGAAGGGACGUAAGAGGGGACGACCCAGAAAGGAUGGAGUAAAACGGCCAGAUGAGUCGGUAGGUCAGUCGUUAUUGGAUGUUCUUGAGUAUGAUGAGGCUGAGGAUGUAGAGAGUGAGGAGGAUAGUUGGUUUAGUUCUGACGAGGUUGAGCCGGGGUCGGGUGGGGCUCUGGGAGGGGCAUCUGAGGCAUCUGAGGCCCUGAAUGAAACGCUUGGGACGUUUGAGGCCCUGGAUGAGAUGCCUGAGGCAUCUGAAGCCCUGGGUGAAAGGCUUGAGACGUUUGAUGCGACGCCUGAGGCAUCUGAAGCCCUGGGUGAAGCCCUGGAUACGACGCCUGAGACGUUUGAAGCUCUGGGUGAAGCCCCGGGUGAGCUGUUUGCUCCAGAAAAGCUUGUCGACCCCAUCAUUGAUAUCACUUCAAAACAGCCCUUAAAAUUGUCAGUCGAAGAACAACCAUCCAGAAGAUACUCACGAAGAUCAUCAUUAUCUAAUCGCGGUAAGAGGUUAUCGUCAAUUGGAAAUGGAUUCAUAGCAGAGCCUCAUUCAGAGGUACCUAUUGAAGAGUUUUACAAGCAUUUCGAUCGAGAUUUGCCAGAUCCUCAAAAGAUGAGACAACUCUUGAUCUGGUGUUGUCGACGAAUUGACUUUGGAGUAUCAAAAAAGGAUCCACAACUGGUAGAUGUGGCUCGAAAAGUGAAAGAAACGUUUACAAAGAACCUUAUGGAAGGUAAAAUGGACAUAAGUUGGUGGAAAACAAGACAGGGUCAAGAUAAAUCGCAUCUACCAAUAAGAAUGAGACCUAAUGAGACAAAUAUUCGAAAUCUGAACACAUUAAAGGUGUAUAGACGCAAAUUGGAUCGAUUAAAUGGAGAACAAGUUGAAUGGUCGAAAGUGACAUCGAAAAAACCAGAGAGAAUUGAACAAAUCUAUGAAAAAGCGACUAACAUUGACGAUAAAAGAUUGGACAGACUACAGACACAGAUAGACAUGAUUGACGACUCUUAUAAAGACAAGAAAAAGCUUAGAAUGAGACUUGUUGGAUUGAUGGAGGAUAUGAAGUAUAACGUUCAUAAGAUGAAGCAAACUGACCAAUGUUUGAAGAGUUUGAUAGAAGAUAAGAUGAAGGUAUUGAAUGGAGAAUUAGGGAAGAGUUCUGGAGAUAGUAUUGAGUUGUUGAAGGUAUUGAGUCGGCUAUGA